ACAGUGUAUCAUUUUUUUUUUUUUUAAAUAAUCAUAGUGUACAGAAAAAAAAAGAAAAGAAAUGGAUACACAAGCACAUUCUAUAUAUAUUCCAAUUAGAGGAGUUUCAGAUCAGGCAGUUAGAAUUGAUUGUAAUUCGCUUCCAAGCCCAUCAGAGUUAAUCGGUGUAUUAACUUCAGAAAUUGCUCCAUUGGAUAUCUGGUUAAAAUUAGCAACUGAAUAUUAUAAACAAGAUAGAAUCAAUGAAUUUAAAGAAAUUUUGUCGGUUGUUUUAACACCAGAAAUCGAAAGAUAUUAUUCAAAUGAUAAGUUUGAUAGAAUUGCAAUGCUUAAUGCAUUGGCAUCAUAUUAUACACAAAUGGGUUCACAGGAAAAAGAUAAAUCACAAAGAGAUGAAUAUUUCCAUCAAGCAACUUUUCAUUUUACAAAAGCAGAUAAAAUUGACCCACAUCAGCCACUUACUUGGAUUGGUAAAGCUGUACUUUUACUUUGUAAAGGUGAUGUAGAAAGAGCUGAUACUAAUUUUAAACAAGUAUUGGAUUUGGCAAAUAAAGAACCUGCAUUACCAGUUUUGCCAGCAUUAUUAGGUUCAGCAUGUAUUUUAUUCAAUAAAGGAAAUUAUAUUAAAGCAUUGGAUACUUAUCAAAAGGUUAUUCAACAAAAUUCAAAUUGUUUGCCAGCAGUUAGAUUGGGUUUAGGAUAUUGUUAUUUUAAAUUGGGUAGAAAUAAUAAAGCCAAAGAAGCAUUCAAGAGGGUUUUAGAGUUGGAUAGAGAUAACGUUGAAGCAAUGAUUGGUUUAUCACUUGUAUUAAUGAACGAUAACCAAAUCGACGAAGCAAUGAACUUAAUUUUAGAAGCAUAUCAAUUAGCACCAACCAAUCCAAUAGUAUUAAAUCAUUUAGCAAAUCAUUAUUUCUAUAGAGGAGAGUUCCAAAAGGUUCAUACACUAGGUAUUGCUGCAUUGAAUAAUACUGAUGUUUCUCAUAUCAAAGCAGAAAGUAGUUACUUAGUAGGAAAGGCUCUUCAUGCUACCCAACGUUGGAGUGAAGCUCUUCAAUUUUACCAUCAAGCUGUUUUAAAGAAUCCAGAUUUUUAUUUGGCUCAAUUUGGUUUAGGUCAAAUCUAUAUUCACAAUGAAGAUUUUGAUAAAGCAAUCUCUUGCUUUGAAAAUGUCUUGGCUAAACAACCAAACAAUUAUGAAACCCUUCAAAUUUUAGGUUCAUUGUAUAAACACGGUUCAUUAUAUAAAAAUUCAAUGAAUACAGCUACAGCAGCAAAUGUUUUAAAGAAGGCAAUUGAAAUUAAUCCAAAUGAUUAUAAUAAUUGGUUUGAGUUAGCUCAAAUUUUAGAGAUCUCAGAGGUUGGGGCUGCAUUAGAGGCUUAUGAAAAGGGUUUAGCUCUCUUAAAGAAUGAAAAUAUUACACCAAGUUUAGAAAUUUUAAAUAAUAUUGCAGUACUUAGACACCAAAAAGGUUUAAACAGCGAAGCCGAGCAAACCUAUUUAGAUACCAUCAAACAAUCUGGUUAUGAAUUGGAUCAAUUCAAAGCUGUCAAUGUUACCACCACUUAUAAUUUAGCUCGUCUUUACGAAUCCAUGGGUCAAAUGAAUAGAGCUGAAGAACUCUAUAGAGGUAUUAUUAAAGAGCAUCCAAAUUAUUAUGAUUGCUAUCUUCGUCUUAGCCAAAUAUUUAAAAAUCAAGGUGAUACCUUUGAGGCCAAUGAAUGGAUCAAAGAGGUUUUACAUAUCCAACCAAAUUCGCAAGAAGCUUGGGCUCUCUAUGGUAAUCUUCAUCUCUCAAAAGAAGAAUGGUACAAUGCUCAAAAGAAAUUUGAACAAAUUCUCGAAAACUCAGAAAACAAGAAUGAAACCUAUGCAACUUUAUCAUUAGGUAAUCUUUACUACAACGCUAAAUUUUCAAAUCCAGACAAAGUCGAAAAAUAUCUUGGUAAUGCCGAAUCAUUCUAUCAACGUGUUCUCGGUAAAAACCCAACCAAUAUAUACGCUGCAAAUGGUAUUGGUAUGAUCACUGCAGAAAAGGGUAAUUUAAAUCUUGCUAGCGAUAUCUUUUUACAAAUCCGUGAAGCUGCUAUCGAUUGUAUUCCAGUAUCAUUAAAUUUAGCACAUGUUUAUAUGGCCAGAGGUCUUAUUGAUAAUGCAAUUAAAUUGUACGAAGGUUGUUUAAAAAAAUCAAAUUCACCAAAAGAAAUCGAAACUACAAUGCAUUACCUUUCAAAAGCAUAUUUCGAAGCCAAUCGUUUCUAUGACUGCAAACAAACCCUCAAAAAGGCGAUUCACCUCUACCCAUACGAUCCAGUAAUUCAUUUCAAUUUAGCAAUUUGUAUUGAAAGUUUCACAAAUGUAUUUUUAGGUAAACAUCAAAAGAAUGCAGGUGAGACAUUGGUAGUAUUAAAAGAGUUGGAGUUUGCUCAAAAAUUAAUUUCAAAUUUAGCCACCGUUAAACCAAAUCCAAAAUUAAAAUUCAAUCUUAACAAAGCAAAAGUUCAUUUAGGUAGUAUCGAUAAAUUAUUAGCUAGAGUUGUUAUAGAGUAUGAAAGUUUAUUAAAAGCUGAGCAAGAGUUAUCAAAGAAGAGAGAAUUAGCAUUUGAAGAGGUAAAGAGACAAGAGGAGGAAAAGAGAAGAAAGGAAAUGGAAAUUCAAGCUGAACUCGAGGCAAGAGCAGAGUCUGAAAGAAAAUUAGCCGAAGAGUUAGCAGAACAAACAAGAGAGAUCGAAAAAACUUUAGCAGAAUCUGAAAGAAAGAGAAAGAGUCCAGAUGCUGACGAUCAGGUAAGCGAGGACGAGGGUGAAAAGGAAAAGAAAAAGAAAGAUAAAAAGAAAAAAGAAAAGAAAGAAAAGAAAGAAAAGAAAGAUAAAAAAGAGAAAGAUGGUGAGGGUGAAAAAGAAAAGAAAAAGAAAAAGAAAAAGGAAAAGAAGGAAAAGAAACACAAGAAAAAGAAAUCUAAAAAAUCUCAUGGUGAUGAUGAUGAAGAAAUGCAAGAGGGC